AUGGCGUCAUCAAGAACAAGCAAACAUCUACCAGAAGAGUCUCCGUGUCGCGGGCCAAAGGUCCGGCAGGCCUGGACUCCGGAAGAGGACCGGCUUCUGUCCGAGGCGGUAGCAAAGGGACGGAACAACAAGGACUGCCGCAAGCGUUGGCACUACGCAAUCGCAAACACCAUCCGCAAGGGCACCUGGACGGAAGAGGAAGACGACCGGCUGCGCGAAGCCGUCAAGCUUUAUGGCGGACGCUGGAGCAGGAUCGCAGAGGUUGUGGGCACCCGCAAUGGCGACCAGUGCUGGAAGCGGUGGUACGACUGCCUGGAUCCACGCAUUGAUAAGAGCCCCUGGACGGCGGACGAUGACGUGAGACUCGUACACCUCGUUUCCCAAAACGGCCGGAACUGGAGCGAGAUCGUGCACCAACAUUUCCCCAACCGGACGCCGCUCUCGGCAAAGAACAGAUACAACAUCCUGCGGCGCAAGCAGGAGGGUGGCCUGUCCCGGGCAUCUUCGCUGCGCCGUGCAGAUUCAAGGCACAGCACUCACUCUUCCUGGACAUCGACGCCGAGUUCAAGUCCGUACCUAAGCGUGCCGACAACACCAUCGACCACGGCGUGCACUACCCCCGAGCCCGAGUUCGCGUCAGAAGACUGGAUGACGUUUGCCGAGACAGACCUAGAUAAUUUUGUCUUCCAGUCAUCUCACACAGCCGGAGCCGACGGGUGGUUCUCGCCAGAAGUCGGGGCCUCGUCACAACCGAGUCUGCAGACAGUGGAUGAUUCAAAUCCCAGAUCUGGCAACUGGACUACAGCGAAUUCUGCCACUUGCCAAUGGCCCGCCUACGGCUUUGAUUCCGGAUCUGCGGCCCUUCCGGAAGAGACGGCGAGCAUGGCCACUGACUAUUCCUGGUGCUAUUCGCAGGGGCAACAGCCUGACAUCCCAUUCACGGGGUGCGGGUACAACGCGGCGGACAUGCUUGGGUGCCGGGCAUCCCACAACAUCGCCUCGUUCGAUCUCCCGCCGUUGCCAUUCCCAUCCCUCCGUUUGGCCAUGGACGGGACACAAGCAUGCUCCCGGGCGCAGGGCGCACUCCGGGAUGCGCUACCCGCCUUUGUGCGAGCCCUUUGCCCAGGCCCGGCAGGGACGCCGGUAGCGCUCGGCGAGGGCGACAACGACUGGAUGAAGGACCCGGAGAAGGUGGAAUACAUCCGGCAGCUUAUCGAAAGCAUAUACGAGGCCCGCGCCAUUGUCGCUUGCUACAACCUCGCCAUGCUUCUGGUGCUUCUGAUGGUGACGGUCUGGCACUGGCGCGAGUCGAGGAGGGACAGGGAGAAGUGGCAGCAGCUACGACAAUGCUCAGGGCCUGAGAUCGAUGACGGAAUCUCUUCUCAGCCAGCGGCGGCCUUGUCGGGCACUCCUGCAAAAGUUACCAGCGUCGUGGAGGAUCUCGAUCUAGAGCGGGCUCCGUUGCUGGCGAGGAACCAAGCAACGGCGAGCCACAGGAAGAGCAAGAGCAGUAGCAGUAGCAAGAGCAGUAGCGCCUUCAACAGCAUGGCGAUACGCUCCUGGCUUACGCGGCAACCGGCGCCUCUGCCCGUCGUCCAUCGCACGCUUCCGUCCAACGGAACGUCGCUCUUCAUCCUCGCCUGGCUGGGGCUCAACGUCUUCUUCCACUUCUUCCGGCUCCCGCUGCGGCGCGACUACUUCUUCAUCUUUGCCGACCGGGCCGGACUCGUCUUCAUCGUCAACCUGCCGCUGCUGUAUCUCCUGGGCGCCAAGAACCAGCCGCUCCGCCGACUGACGGGCUACUCGUACGAGGCGCUCAACAUCUUCCACCGGCGCGUGGGCGAGCUGAUGUGCUUCGAGGCGGCGGUGCAUCUGGCGGGCAUGCUGCUCUGGCAGUUUGUGCUCUCGCCGGAGUGGCUGCUGGCGUCGCGGACGGCGCGCGCCUACUUCACGCACCCGCUCAUCCUGUGCGGCAUCGGCGCGCUGGCGGCCUACGAGCUGCUGUACGUCACGUCGCUCGCCAGCGUCCGGCAGCGCUGGUACGAGCUCUUCCUGGCGACGCACGUCGUCCUCCAGGCCGCCGCGCUGGCCUUCCUCUGGUUCCACUUCUACACCGCCCAGCCCUACAUCGCCCUGUCGCUGGCCAUCUUCCUCGCCGACCGCCUCGUGUGGCGGCUGUGCCUCAAGCGCGCCGUCAUCGCGGCAGCCGACCUCGUCAUCCUCGACAAGGACACCUACACGCUGUCCGCAAACUGGGAUAUCCCUCCUCCUCCUUCUUCCUUGGACACAACAACAUCACAACAGCAACAAGAACAACAAGAACACCCACGGCGACGGUGUUGCUUGUCGUGGUGGUGGCGGCGGUGGGCCCCGUCAUCUCUUCUCCCCCGCAACCAAUCCAUCCUCCACGGCUGGCACCCAACCGACCACGUCUUCCUCACCGUCCCGUCGCUCGGAUCGACCCACGCCCUGCAAGCGCACCCGUUCACCAUCGCCUCUGCCGCGCCGGGCCGCCAUUCCACACCCUCCAAUUGCACUUCUCGGCCCGGAGGAGGAAUAACAAGAACAACAACGACAAGAAGAAGAAGAGAAAGAAGAAGAAGAGCGCCACACGCCUGGCUAACCCUCCUCAUCCGCGCCCACAGCGGCUUCACCCGCGAUCUGCUCGACCACUGCAUCAGCCACGAUAUCUACCGCCUCCCCGUCCGCCUCGACGGGCCCUAUGGCUCCCCCGCGGCCCAGCAUGGCGCGCUGAGCAUGCUGCGCGCGAGCGGCUGCGCGGUGCUGGUCGCGGGGGGAAGCGGGAUCGCGGUGGUGUUCCCGCUUGCUUGGGCGCUGCUUGUUCAGGACCAUGAGGACCAGUGCGCUAGAGAUGAUGAUGGGAAGCUCUUUUCGUCAGGGGGUUUCGGAGAUGAGACAAGAAGAAAAACAAGAACAAGGAAGAGGAAAGUCCACCUGCUCUGGGUGACGCACUCGCGCGAGCAUCGGGAGUGGGUGGCCGGGUUCCCGCUUCAGGAGUUAGUGGAGCGCGGGCUGGAGCUGGUCAUCCCGGAGCCGACGGCGGAGGCGGGGAGGCCCGACGUCAGGGGAUUGGUGAGCGGAUGGAUUGGCGAUGCGGCAGCCGAGGGGCGGGAGGUGGGCGUUGUGGUGUCCGGGCCGGACGGGCUGAACCGGGCUGUGAGGAACGUCGUGGCGGAUGAGAUUGCGCGGGGGAGUGAGGCAAGGGUUGCGGUUGAGAAGUUUGGGUGGUGA